UGGCGAGGGCAAAUACAGUUCUAAUUAUUCUUCUAUGCGAUUAAGGUUGUCGUUUUCUUCCUCCUUUUUCUUUGGUAAUGUCUGUCCAAUGAGUAUUUAAGGUUGGUGCUGAUCGUGACUCAUUGGGUACUCGGUCCUGAUAGACGCACACGGGCGUUGCAGAGAGAGAGGGGGAGGUGGUGGCGGCGAAUGGGGUGGGCAAUAGCACUGCAGGGAGGAGCAGGGGACAUCUCGCCGUCCCUGCUGCCCGAGCGCCGCCUCGCGAAGGAGGCCUGCCUCCGCCACUGCCUCCGGCUCGGCGUCGACGCUCUCAAGUCCAAGAAAUCUCCCCUAGACGUCGUCGAGCUUGUGGUCCGUGAGUUGGAAAACAACCCUCACUUCAAUGCGGGUAGAGGGUCCGUCUUAACCAGCGAUGGCACUGUUGAAAUGGAGUCCUGCAUCAUGGAUGGGAACACAAUGAAAUGUGGAGCUGUUUCUGGGCUCACCACUGUUGUCAACGCCAUUUCUUUGGCACGACUAGUCAUGGAACGAACUCAUAUAUACCUGGCAUUUGAUGGGGCAGAAGCAUUUGCGAGGGAACAUGGCGUAGAAACUCUUGAUGCAUCUCAUUUUAUCACUCCAGAGAACAUUGAAAGGCUAAAACAGGCCAAGGAAGCAAACAGAGUGCAGAUUGAUUAUACCCAACCCAUGCAAAAGAAUGAGAAGGACGCAGCCACUACUGAUGGCGACAGCCGAAUUGGUACCGUGGGAUGCGUCGCUGUAGAUAAUGAUGGGAAUUUAGCUGCGGCAACUUCUACUGGAGGUUUUGUGAACAAGAUGGUCGGAAGGAUAGGAGACACGCCCAUCGUAGGGGCAGGGACGUAUGCCAACAGUCUAUGUGCAGUAUCUGCUACGGGCAAAGGUGAAGCUAUAAUACGUGGCACUGUCGCAAGGGAUGUGGCCGCAAUCAUGGAGUUCAAAGGACUCUCCCUGGAAGAAGCAGCUGCCUGCGUUGUGAAAGAGAGGGUUCCAAAGGGGAAUGUUGGCCUCGUCGCAGUUUCUGCAACGGGAGAAGUCACCAUGCCCUUUAAUACAACCGGGAUGUACCGAGCAUGUGCUACCGAGGAUGGGUACUCGGAAAUUGCAAUAUGGCCUUCAACAAAAGAUUGAAAUGGUUUAGUUGUUCAGGGCGACAUCUUGUCUUCACCAUGAUCAAAUGCUCCUACUAUUUACAGCAGUUGUAAAAAUAAACACGCUCUGAAGAUUGUCCAAUUCCCGUCAGUUGUCAAUGUUCAAGUACUGUAUCUAGGACUAGGAUAUUUGCUGCCAUUGUGGUGGCUGUCGGUAUGAAAGAGUGGCUUUCGACUCUA